CUCCGAUACUCCGUCGUUGAUCUAUACGCAAAGAGAAAGAUGUCAGAAGCCGCUCCAGCUCCCGCUCCAGCCGCCGCCAAGGUCAAAGCGGCCAAGAAGAGGGUCGUGAAACCGAAGACCGCCGGCCCCAGUGUCAGUGAUCUCAUUGUGAAGGCCGUGUCCGCGUCCAAGGAGCGCAGUGGCGCGUCAGUGUCCGCCCUCAAGAAGGCUCUGGCGGCCGGAGGCUACGAUGUGGAGAAGAACAAUUCCCGCGUCAACACCACCAUCAAGAAGCUGGUGGUCAGCGGGACCCUGGUCCAGACCAAGGGAGCCGGGGCCACCGGCUCGUUCAAGAUGAGCAAGAAGGUGGAGACCAAGGUCCAGAAGCCGGUGAAGAAGGCCGCUCCCAAAGCGAAGAAGCCCGCCCCCAAGAAACCCGCAGUGGCUAAAAAGCCCAAGUCGGCGGCCGCCAAGAAGCCAGCAGCCGCUAAAAAGUCCCCGAAGAAGGUGACCAAACCAGCAGCGGCCAAGACGCCCUCCAAGAGCCCCAAGAAAGUGGCGAAGAGCCCCAAGAAAGUGGCGAAGAGCCCUAAGAAGGUGGAGAAAAAGGCCCCUGCUGCCAAGAAAGCCCCCGCGAAGAAGGUCGCCAAACCCAAAGCGAAGAAGACAGCAGCCAAGAAGAAGUGAGCUGUCCUCACUGUGAAACAUGUCCAUCCUGUUAAAAGGCUCUUUUAAGAGCCACACACGUCUUUCCAAAAAGAGCUGUUUCCUCCUCAAUCAUCACCACUGCCAAUACAUAUGUAGAGACAGAGUUCUUAACUAAAGGGACUCAAGUUUGAUAGAAAUAUAUUUAAGGUUUUUCGUUCAAUGUUAAGAUUUAGAAGUUAGUUCACAUCAAAUAAUAUAAAACAUAGCUUUAGACUCUGUGUGAAGGAGAGGCAGACACUACUGACACACAUACAUCAUGUAAUAUGAUGUUCAGCGAUAUCCGCUUUACUUCAUUAACCAUACUUCUUAAAUAGUGUGCCUUUAUUGUUAUAGUUAUCCUAGUUUCCUCGUGUCUUUCCUUGCUAAAUAUGUAAGUGACAGCUGCUUAGGAAAAUGACAAUUCCAACUUCACAUCAUAUAUAUGAAUAUAUACUGUAGUAACAUCAGGCAGCCAACAGAUGGAGCUGCUCUCCAAAUUAUGUGAAACGGAACAACGUCCACUACCAGAUGCACUCUCCUCCAUGUCCUGUCAGAAGCUUUGUUUUCUAGUCGCUCAGUUCCUCCUGUUUUAUUGCAGCUGAUUGUUUGAGUCAUAAAAAUGAGCUCUGUAGCUGCAUCAACUUGAUCAGUAGCUGUCAUUAAACUAAAGUAUUGAGGAACUGUCAUCAGACACUGCAACACCAACAGAGGGAAAGUCACGUGGUUCAAUUUACUGACAGGGAGUAGAGAGUUUUUCCAGGACCACGGACAGAGAUGUUUGUUUUGUUUAGGUGCUGCACUUCAACAGUUUGAUGCCCUGAAUGGAUGUUGUGGAGCAGAGCGCCGCCGCUUUACGCUUCAAUUCUGUGCAGAAACACACGUAGGUGAAAAAUUUGAUGACUGUGUCUAGAUAACUAUAACAAAAAAAACCAGAACAAAUACAUCGACGGUCAAGCAAAGUAAAUCCACCAUGUUGCUAAAAUUAUUUGUCUUGUAUCUUCAUGCAAAUGGAUUAAAAAACAGAUAUUAACAUUAAUACAGAGACGGACAUAUCCACAGACAUGGAUUACUAUUCACACCCGGCCAUUUAGAGCAUAUAUAAAUUCACACAGAGCCACUACAUGUGUUGCUAUUUUUUUCUGCCUGAUAAUUUUUUUGACUGAUCAAUGACAUCUUCCCAUGUCAGCUGACCUGUGUCAUUACAUUCAAAUAGAAAUCUGAGCCUUAGCCCUGAGGGGCGACGGGGUGAAGGACAGAUGUAGUUAUUAGUUGAGUUCCUGAUUGACACCAGUGCUUAAUUUAUUAUAUAAUUAAUGUGUGUCCGCUGUGGGCGAGCAAGUUUUUAUGUGGUUGUGCGUGUGCAUGUCAUCUAAAGACAGCAAAGUAUUAUGAUCUGAAGUAGACCUGAUACAAUUUCCCAGUUAUCACUGUGUAGAGUCGACCAUAUAUACACUCCUGAUCAA